AUGUCCAGGGUUGAAGGUUAUGGCAAGUCUGACCUACGCUCCCAGCUACGAGCAUGUAGGACUGAGAUCGCCAUGGCAGUCCAUGACCCUUUCCCCUUACUGUAUGGGCUGGCUGAUCAUGACAUCAUCUCUGAACAGAUCUUACAGGAAACAUUGGAUCGAAAGAAAAAAGAUGGCAUCCACAAAGCUGUCUACUCCCUCCUCACAUUGCUACUGGAUCAGGACGCUGCUGUCCUCCAGGCCUUUUGGUGCAAUCUCUGUAAAGAGUACAACAAAGAGAGUUAUCCCAAACUGGAAACCCUAUUUAAUAACCUCCCCAAAGGACUAAAGCAGGUGGUCCGACACACUGGAAACACCAGGCAUGAGCUGCAGGUCCGCAGUCAACCAAGCAAGAAGAGAGGGGCGGCUGAGAGACAUCAGACCCAUCGCUCUCAUCAAUACACUAAAAGAGCUUUACCCACCACCUCAGGAAGCAAAGGGAAGUCUAUGAGGAAAACAGAAGGGACAGCACUUUCUCAGGUCAUGGUGGGAAAUGGUGUCCAGGCUGUGUCUGCAUCAGUCCAGAGAGCUGUGACUUUGUCCGCCAGUGAGCAUCCCACUGGCUGUGGGACAGUGGAGGGGAUUCUAAUCCAGCAAGUCAUUGAAUCUGGAGGUGCCAAAAAAUGCAUCAAGGUUGGAGGAGAGUUUUAUUCUUCUGGCAAUCUUGAUGAGACAGCUGGUGGACACAAGACACAGACUGCACGCAACUAUAGUCACCAGCUGGGGGAGCCCAGAACCAGGGCUGUGGAUGUAGGUAACCAGAUGUAUGUCAACCAGGUCAUAUUUCAACCCAAAAUAACAAUACAGAACUAAUAAAAUAUAUUUUCUCAGGUGGAGCAUAACGAUGAUGAAUGUGCAGUAUGUAAAGAUGGUGGGGAGCUCAUCUGCUGUGACGGCUGUCCUCGCGCCUUCCACCUUAGCUGCCUGGUGCCGCCGCUCACCUCCAUACCCAGUGGUACAUGGCGGUGUCAGCUAUGCAGCAGAGCCAAAGAGAGGACAUAUAUCCCUUUGCAGCCAGCUGUUCACCCUCCUCUGAUGGAGACAAGCACUAGCUCUGCUGUGGACUUCUCUUACUUCUCCUCUCUGUCCUCCACUUCACUCUCCACUGUCCCAGGAGGCAAAAGCACUCAGCCCACAGGCCUCCAGGUACAAGGCUCUGAUGGGGAUAUGGUUGGGAUCAGGAUGGCCUGUGGAAUUUGCCACCUCACCAGAGGAGAGCUGAUCACCUGUCCUCAGUGCCUACAGAGCUACCAUACCCACUGCAAUUUCUCAAACGGAAAGACUAAAUGUAGGAACUGCUCCAGGACUUGGAUCUCAGAAAGUGAAACAUCAUCUAGGAGUCUUCAGGCGACUCAACUCAUGACUGAUCAGAGCUCAGCCACCUCAGAACAGCUGCUUAAACAAGAUGAGAUGGACUCUAUAAUGGGAGAGAACUCUAUAGAUGGGAUCCUGCAGUGGGCCUUCCACAACAUCUCCCGUCCUCUUUCUGAGUCUCAAGGCUACUUCCAGUGA